UUGGAACUCACACUACUCAAAAACACUAAAAACCUUGUGAGAUAGAAAAACAAAGAGAUAAUGGCGGGCAUAGCAUCAAACUGGAAGGUUCUUAGCGGCGAGAACAAUUGGGAUGGUCUUUUAGAUCCCAUUGAUGAUAAUCUUCGUCAUUAUCUUAUUAACUAUGGUUUUUUGACUGCAGCUGCUCCGGCUGCUUUAAAUGGCGUCAAGAAAUCCCCUGGAUAUGCAUUGUCUCGAUAUCCACCUGAGAAUUACUUUUCUGAAGUUGGUAUAGAAAAAGGCAAUCCUUUCAAAUACCAAGUGACUGACUUCUUUUACGGGAGAUCAGAAAUUGACUUUCGAGAUUGGAUGAUAGCAGGCCAAUCUGCUUAUUUUGGGUUCGUUGCUGUUACCACAGAUGAAGGGAAGAUCGUUACAGGGAGAAGAGACAUUGUGGUUUGUUGGAGAGGAACCACCUUUACGAUCGAAUGGUUUGAGGAUUUUGACGCUACUUUCACCUCUGGUUCAGAUUUGUUUCCUGACACCGAUGCUAAAGUGCACAAGGGUUUCCACAGUGUCUACACUACCUCUAAAUCAGAUUCAACUUACAAUAAGAGGAGUGCUAGAGAGCAGGUUCUAGCAGCAGUCAGGAGAAAUGUGGACAAGUAUGCAGCACUGAAGGAGGAUGUGAGCAUCACCAUAACUGGACACAGUUUGGGUUCAGCCCUAGCAACCCUAAACGCAAUGGACAUAGCUUUCAAUGGGUACAAUAAGCCAAGCGGAUCCGACACUGGAUACCCAGUUACCGCCUUUGUUUUUGCGAGUCCGCGAGUUGGAAACAAGGAGUUUCAAGAUGUGUUCAACGGACUGCAAGAUGCUGGUACUCUUCAUCUCUUACGGAUUAGAAACCAUAAGGAUAUUGUUCCUGAGCUUCCGCCAAAAAUUUUUGACUUUAUCUAUGAAGACGUUGGUGUGGAGCUUUACCUUGACACAACCAAGUCACCGAACAUAAAAGGCGAGAGUAUUCCAGAAGCACAUGAUCUGAACCUUUACAUGCAUGGAGUUGCAGGUUAUCAAGGGAACGAGGAUUUCAAGUUGGUUAUUAAUCUUGAUUUUGCCCUUUUGAACAAAUAUAACGAUCUUUUGCAAGAUAGCUGUGGUGUGCCUCCUAAAUGGUGGAGUAAUGUGUUUAGACAAGGUAUGAUUCAAUUGGAUGAUGGAACCUGGAAGCUUAAUGACUAUGUGCCUGAUCCUCCAACUGAUGACGAUGCUGCUACUGCUGCUACAGAGAAUGGAACCAACUAAUAUAUGAAUCAUAUGUCAUUGUAAUGUGACAGUGGCUAAUAAAUAAGAAGUGUGUGAGAAAUAAACUCCUCCUAUCUGCAUGAUCUGCUAUGCGGUGGAUGGUUGGUCUUGUGCUUGUUGAUCUAGUCUGAUUUGCUUGUGCUUGCAAUAUAUAUGUAUUGUAUCUCGUUUUGUGUUUCUAAUAAAAGAUGAUCAGUUCAUCUACUUGCUCUAAA